AUGAGUGCCUUCUACCUCCCCUCAUCAACNAGCAACAACAGCAACACCCUCCCCCUCACCUCCCCACCAUCCCCAAAAUCCAACCCUCUGGAAUCCACAAACAACUACCUCUACUCCUCCGACCCGGACGACGACAAAACACCCCUGCCCUUCCCCCAGGCCCUGCCCCGCUCCGACUUUUUGACCCAAAACUUUACCCCCGAAGCCUACCUCUCCACCCUCCACAACAGACACCAAACCCUCGAAGACUUGCGCUCAGAUCUACGCCAUCGCUCUUCUCUUAUUAGUACAGAACUGCUGGACUUGGUCAACAGCAAUUAUGAAGAGUUUCUGUCGCUGGGGCUGCGGCUGAAGGGUGGAGAGGAAAAGAUUGAAGAGGUUAGGGUGGGUGUAUUGGGGUUCGGGCGAGAAGUGGGUGGCGUAAGAGACAUCGUUGCUUCUCGAACACAAGAAGUGGGUGUGUUGUUGGAAGAGAAGAAGAGGAUCCGAAAAGAUGUCAUGGUGGGAAGACGCCUGUUGGAAAUUGAAGAGAGAUUGGAAGACUUGGAGACUCGUCUCAUGGUCGAACCGAACAACUCGUUAUCUGCAAACAACCAAUCCGCAAACGACGAAGACUCGGAUGAUGAAGACGACGAAGAUGAAGAAGGAGAUGCGGCUACCUCGACCACACUCUCUCGACUAAGGAAACACGCACAAGCAUAUCUCUUGCUCGCACACCUCACGCAAAAAGUCCUCGAUCAUCCCUUUGUUAUAGCCCAACAAUCUCGACUCUUGCGCCUCAGAAAUACCUUACUACUGGAUCUAAGGACGGCUGUCAAACAGGCACAAGCCGCUGGUGUGGCAGGGAAACAAUUACUCGACUUCUUGGUCAUAUACAGGGAGUUGGGAGAGACGGAAGAAGGUGUGGCGGUGUUGAAAGGAAUCUAA